CAUUUAGGCGUGAGUGUGUGUCUGACAGUCUGUCUUGUGAGGUUAAUGUUGUAAGAAUGGAAACUAAGCAGAGCCGCAGGAGAAUAUCAGCAACAUCUGCCAGGACUCACACCAGAAAUUCCCAACACAAAUCUCCCAUUCAACUCUCUUCAGGAUGGGCCUAAGGCGUUAAUUGCAUAUAACAGGCGGAGGCCCAAAGACAAGAUAAGCAGCCCAACAGCGGGUCCAAUAGGUCCAAGUGCUACAAGCGAUAACUAGUAAAACAGUAAAGAAGUAAAGGGUGGACUGGGGGUUAAAGGGGAGGUUGUGUAGUGGGUAGAUCUAUCUGGAGAAUUAUAAACAUUAUCUUAUGCUUGGAGAGGCGGAACCUCUCGAAAGUUCCGAGUAUUCCUUUUGUAAUCGUUUCCUUUUGAGUAAUCUGAGAUCGAGUUUGCCUUGCUUAAUUUGUUAUUGUAGUAAGUGUGAGCAUCACAAGUGGUAUCAGAGCAUUUACGAUCCAUGGGUCCUCCAACUGUAACUCAGCGGCUUGAUCAGUUAGAGGAGAAGGCGACGGAGGUCGAGGAGACGAUGGCUGAAAUGGCUGCCAAGGUUGUAGAUCGAGCUAUAGAGGCGAUGCGUCUCUCUCUUACGGAGUUGAUUCGUGAGCACCAAACCCUAGCCGCCACGAAGUUGAAUGCUGAUUUUGAAACCCUAGCGGGUCGUUUGGAGGGUCGCAUAAACCGCAGUAGAGAGCACCAAGAGGCACUCAUCAACGCGAUUCGUACUGAACAGCUUACGUUUCAGGGCGACAUCAAAUCUACUCUUGCUGGCUUGGUAGCCUCUACUCCAGGCCCUGAACGUGGUGAAGGCAGUGGUCCAGGACAGCCCAACCACCAGGGUUCGGUGUACACAACCGGGGCUUCCGGGCGAAAUGGUGGUGGGUAUACUGGGGGGUUUCAGGGCGGAGGCCAGAGUAAUUGGCGAUAUCGGAAGCUAGACAUGCCUAUUUUUGAUGGUGAGGAUCCUGAUGGCUGGAUCCUGCGAGUCGAGCGUUAUUUCGCAUUUUAUCGACUCUCGGAAGACGAAAUGUUGGAGGCAGUUGCCGUAGCUAUGGACGGCGAUGCUUUGCGUUGGUACCAAUGGGAGAACAAGCGCCGUCCAAUUCGUCGAUGGGAUGAUCUGAAAGGAUUUAUUCUAAGGCAGUUCAGGUCCGUUAGUGGCGGUUCUCUAUAUGAGCAGUGGCUCUCGACCACUCAGUCGACCACAGUGAAAGAGUAUAGACGGGCUUUUAUAGAAAAGGCUGCCCCUCUUGAUAGGGUUUCGGAAGAUGUGCUGAUGGGGCAUUUUAUUAAUGGUCUGAAGGACGAAAUUAAGGCUGAGGUACGUGUGCUGAGUCCCUUAAAUCUGGAACAAGCAAUGGAGCUUGCAGUUCGUAUAGAGGAAAAGCAAAGGGUUGCGAGUUUUAGGAAGCCCAACUUGAGUUUGGUUAAAACAGGAACAUUCUCCUCUUAUACCAAGGGCAGUUCGACGGUGGCUCCACUUUCGUUGUCCAGUCCUAGCACUCCAGGAACCAGUCGUAGUUGGGGGCCAGCCUCUCCCGAAUCUCAGGGAUCUGUCCAGUCUCCCCAACAUUCGGUGUUGAGUACUAAGCGAAGUGGCGACGUGAGGCGUUUGACAGAUAAGGAAUUGCAGGAGAAAAGGGCCAAAGGUCUGUGCUACAGGUGUGAUGACAAAUGGGUUAUGGGCCAUAAAUGUAAACGCAAGGAGCUGAGUGUCCUCCUAAUUGAGGAUGAAACAGAGGAGGGUUUGAGUGACGAAGGUGACCCUGUACCAUCUCCGACCGCUGAGAUAGUGCCGGAAGUAUCUUUGAAUUCGGUGGUAGGAUUCUCUGCCCCGAAAACCAUGAAACUACGAGGGCUUAUUGGUAUGCAAGAUGUGGUGGUCCUUAUUGACCCUGGAGCCACCCACAAUUUUCUAUCUCUCAAUGUGGUGACUGCAGGGGGUAUUGUGGUCACGCCUACUGGUAGCUUUGGGGUUUCUUUGGGUAAUGGUGAAGCUGUGCGCGGAGUUAGGUUGUGUAAAGGUGUUCGAGUGCAAUUGGAUGGAGGGUUGGAGGUGGUCGAAGAUUUCCUGCCGCUAGAGUUGGGUAGUACUGAUGUCAUUUUAGGGGGGUAA